UCACUUCCUGCCUUGUGACCACACACCCCGGCUUGACAGAGCUGUUCUGCAGAUCAGAAGGAAGGAGGUUCCUGGUCCCACACCAGCCGCAGAACUGCCCAGGAGUUUUCUACAAGUUAGGUUGCCUAAAGCAAUAAAAAAAAAAAAAAAUGGCCAGAGGAUCGGUGUCCGAUGAGGAGAUGAUGGAGCUCAGAGAGGCUUUUGCCAAAGUUGAUACCGAUGGCAAUGGAUAUAUCAGCUGCAAUGAGUUGAAUGAUUUGUUCAAGGCUGCUUGCUUGCCUCUGCCUGGGUACAGAGUAAGAGAAAUCACAGAAAACCUGAUGGCCACAGGUGAUCUGGACCAAGAUGGGAAGAUCAGCUUUGAUGAGUUUAUCAAGAUUUUCCAUGGCCUAAAAAGCACAGAGGUUGCCAAGACAUUCAGAAAAGCGAUCAAUAAGAAAGAAGGGAUUUGUGCAAUUGGUGGUACUUCAGAACAGUCUAGCGUUGGCACCCAACAUUCCUAUUCAGAGGAAGAAAAGUAUGCCUUUGUCAACUGGAUAAACAAAGCCCUGGAAAAUGAUCCCGACUGUCGGCAUGUCAUCCCCAUGAACCCAAACACCGAUGAUCUCUUUAACGCUGUCGGGGAUGGCAUUGUCCUUUGUAAAAUGAUCAACCUGUCAGUGCCAGAUACCAUUGAUGAAAGAACAAUCAACAAAAAGAAACUCACACCUUUCACCAUUCAGGAAAAUUUGAACCUGGCUUUGAACUCUGCCUCAGCCAUCGGGUGCCAUGUGGUUAACAUAGGAGCUGAAGACCUGAAGGAGGGGAAGCCAUAUCUGGUCCUGGGACUUUUGUGGCAAGUCAUUAAGAUUGGGUUGUUUGCCGACAUUGAACUCAGCAGGAAUGAAGCUCUGAUUGCUCUUUUGAGAGAAGGGGAGAGCCUAGAGGAUCUGAUGAAACUGUCUCCUGAAGACCUUCUGCUGAGGUGGGCUAACUACCACCUGGAGAAUGCAGGCUGCAACAAAAUCAGCAACUUCAGCACCGACAUCAAGGACUCAAAAGCUUACUACCACCUGCUCGAGCAGGUGGCUCCAAAAGGAGAUGAGGAGGGUGUUCCUGCUGUGGUGAUUGACAUGUCAGGCCUUCGGGAGAAGGAUGACAUCCAGAGGGCGGAGUGCAUGCUGCAGCAGGCGGAGAGGCUGGGCUGCCGGCAGUUUGUCACCGCCACAGAUGUUGUCCGAGGGAACCCCAAGUUGAAUUUGGCUUUCAUUGCCAACCUCUUUAACAGAUACCCUGCCCUGCAUAAACCAGAGAACCAGGACAUCGACUGGGGGGCUCUUGAAGGUGAGACGCGGGAAGAGCGGACAUUUAGGAACUGGAUGAACUCCCUCGGGGUCAAUCCUCGGGUCAAUCACUUGUACAGUGACUUAUCAGAUGCCCUGGUCAUCUUCCAGCUCUAUGAAAAGAUUAAAGUCCCUGUUGACUGGAACAGAGUAAACAAACCGCCAUACCCCAAGCUGGGGGGCAACAUGAAGAAGCUUGAGAAUUGUAAUUAUGCAGUCGAACUGGGGAAGAAUCAAGCCAAGUUCUCCCUGGUUGGCAUUGGUGGACAAGAUCUCAAUGAAGGAAACCGCACUCUAACACUGGCUUUGAUCUGGCAGCUAAUGAGAAGGUACACACUGAACAUCCUUGAAGAAAUUGGUGGUGGGCAGAAGGUCAACGAUGACAUUAUUGUCAACUGGGUGAAUGAAACGUUGAAGGAGGCGGAGAAAAGCUCGUCCAUCUCUAGUUUCAAGGACCCGAAGAUUAGCACCAGUCUCCCUGUUCUGGAUCUCAUCGAUGCCAUUCAGCCAGGUUCCAUUAACUAUGACCUUCUGAAGACAGAAAACCUGGAUGAUGAAGAGAAGCUCAACAAUGCAAAGUAUGCCAUCUCCAUGGCCCGAAAAAUUGGAGCAAGAGUGUAUGCCCUCCCAGAAGACCUGGUGGAAGUGAACCCCAAAAUGGUCAUGACGGUGUUUGCCUGUCUCAUGGGGAAAGGAAUGAAAAGAGUGUAAGGCCCAAGGGGGCGAGGUGAGAGGCAGCACACUCAAUCCCAUCACCCCAGCACCGUCACCCAGGCAGCACCGGGGCCCACCACUCCGACAUUGUCAGCUUGGUGACAUACCAGAUUCCAGAAAGCGCAUCUUGGUUCAGCCAACAUAAUGCCUCUUUUGUAUUUAACAAAAAGUACUCUCUUCUUUGCAGAAGACACAAUCUCCACAAACUUUUUUUUUUUAAAUUCUUGAUCUAUGUGCUUCUUUGAAAAUCUAGAAGGAAAAAAGGAAGUUAUUUUCCAGGCAGUCUUCCUGCUCUUGCUGUUAGUCAAGGAUAGAAGCCUCGUGUUAUUAAUUUGGAUAGACUCAAGCCAAUUUAAUGCGGCUGCCUUUUCCUUUGUUCAAGACGAGAACCAGGAGGGGAGCCCAGCAAACCUGUCCUGAUGCCUGCGAGUAGAGACUAACUGUUAGGCCGUAGAAAGCCUCUCUUCCUAGCUCACUGUGACUGUGCUGCACCCCCUGUGACAAACAUGCCUGCUCUGUGGCCUUCUCUUCCAGCCAAGCGUGUCUCUGAGUUCUUGGAGCAAGUGACAGACCCGGCAGGCUGUUGGGUCUAAGAAUCUCUCACAGCCUGCAGAAGUAAGCCUCAGGUCUGGAGUCUCACUGAUCAGAAGGGUUCUUUUUAUCUCAGCCAAUAAGACAGUGAUUUUUAACUCUAGAAUCUAAACUCAAACCAGAUCUAAUAUCUUGAAUACUCUGCCCUCAAGUAGAAUCUCAACUCCUGAUGCAAGGUUAAAUCCAAGAAGGCUGUAAUGGAGCAUUGAACCACUAGGGGGCAGCAUGGGGCUGUACGUAAGCAUCAAUAUUUUAGGGUGCUGCCUCUCCAUGGUUUAGCCCCACGUGUUAGAUCUAGUAAUUGUGGUGUGGCUAAAUAUCUGGUGACAUUUGAAAGCAAUCUUGCUCAGCUUUCAUUUUCUCUUAGAUCUCAGCAUAUCUGACUGCUGCCAGGCCUUAUUAUUAAUGUUUACUUUGUUGUUACUGUAAAAGAUGUUUUUUGCCACCCCUGUCCCCCCAGGGGGCAAUGUGUGCCAAUAAAUAGCUCCCCCACCCAACAUGCACACACACGCAUACACACACAUGCACAGAUGCACACACGCCUAGCCAGAUGUCAAAGGUAGAGUGAAUACAUGCUGGAUAAGAACUGGCUGAGUUGCCUUAUAAAGAGACAUUUAAAUUAUUCCAAAAGAAACUCGGAAGAACAGUAUGGAUGUGAGCAGCUCCAAUAGAUUAAGCAAUCUCCAUGCAAGCCAACACUAGACUCCUUUGUUUCCAAGAAAGGGCUCCUCAGGGAGGCAUCUUCUAAGGGUGGGAUGUAAUGCAACUUGGCCACUCUUUUCCAAGCAGGUGAAAAGUAUUGCACUGGCUCUUGUCCUUGGCAGUGGGCUCAGGGAGCCAAGAUGUGGUUUCUCUCCACCCACAGCUGGUAUUUCUGCUGCAUCCUUAUGCAUGAUGGUUUGCUUUGACUUUAGUCUGAGCUUAGUGUAGCCUCAGGUGAUUUUUCCCCCAUCUGCCUCCAGGAAGGAAGAAAGUUACUGCCUUAAUGGAAAAUGAAGAUGAAAUAUGCUCAAGAUCUUUCAAAUAAAGUAUUCCCUAUA